AUGAACUUCCCCGCCUCGGUCGUCAGCCAGUUCCCCUCGUGCACGAAGUCCGUCACCGUGCGUCUGGAAGGGACCGUCAUUCGCCUCAAGCAGAAGCGGGAAGUCACCGUUAACGGCGUCGAAGUGAAGGACCUGCCCAUGUGGAUCAACGGCGCCUAUAUCAAGAAGGCGUCCAGUCUCUUCCUUAUGGCCGUCGCCGAAGGAGGCCGCGCCCCAGCAGGAGGCCCGGAUCAACUCGACAACGGCAUCGACGUGUGGUGGGACGGGCAGACGGGCGUCUACGUCGACGCCCCAGCGGACUUCCGCGGCGAGGUGGCGGGGCUGUGCGGGACCUUCACCGACAACCAGAGGGACGACUUCUUGACUCCCGAGGGCGACGUCGAGAACAACCCGAUCGCCUUCGCCAACAAGUGGAAGAUCUCGGAGAAAUGUCCAGACCAGCCCUUGGCAGAGGAAAGUCGCCCCUGUGAUCGCCAUGUGCAGAACAAGGCCGUCGCGGAGAAAUACUGCGCCAAAAUCAAGUCUGGACUCUUUGCAAAGUGCCACUUGGAGGUCGACCCCGAGACAUACCACCGCGACUGCCUGUAUGACAUGUGUUCGUGCGAGACCAAGCUCGACGGCUGCCUGUGCCCCACGCUGGCCUCCUACGCCAAGGAGUGCGCGAGCAAGGGCAUCCUGAUCGACUGGCGCGCCGAGAUUCGCGAGUGCGGCGUCCACUGCACCGGCGGCCAGAAGUACCAAGUCUGCGGCAACAGCUGUUCGCACACGUGCCUGGACCUGGCGACGAACCCGGAUUGCAAGAGGAAGUGCGUCGAGGGUUGCAACUGCCCCGACGGCUUCUCCCUCGACCAAGAUGGCAUCUGCGUGCCCAUCACAGACUGCCCCUGCGUGUUCGAGUCCAAGGAGUACAAGCCUGGCUACGAGAUGCUCCAGCGACAACCCGACGGGAGCGACAUGGUGUGCGAAUGUUUCAACGCGGGAUGGAACUGCUGGGAACCUCGAGAUAACGACACAGCCACCAAGCCUCCGCAAGUGCAGUGCGCAGAACACCUACACGAGGUUUACACAGACUGCAUGCCCGAGGAGGAGAACACGUGUCAGACGAUGCACCUGCGCUCGAUCCCCGGGGACCUCUGCCGCGCCGGGUGCGUGUGCGGCCCGGGCUUCGUCAGGGACACAGACACGGGUACCUGUAUUAAGCACAGUAACUGCCCUUGUCACCACGGGGGAAGGUCGUACUCGGAGGGCCAGAUCAUCGUCGAGGAUUGCAACACCUGCGAGUGCGAAGGCGGCCAGUGGGUGUGCACGGACCAGCAGUGCCCGGGCAUCUGCUCCGCGUGGGGAGACUCGCACUACAAGACCUUCGACGGCCGCAUGUACGAGUUCCACGGCACCUGCGACUACCUGCUCGCCAAAGGGAAGUCGCAGAGGAGUGACAGCUUCGAAGUCACGGUUCAGAAUGUUCCCUGCGGCACCAACGGCGUGACGUGCGCGAAGUCCGUUACGCUGCGAGUGGGCUCCGGCGACGAGCAGGAGGUCGUCGAAUUUUCUCGCAAUAAACCUACUCCGACCAAGAACUUGACCCGCACUAUCAUCCGGGAAGCUGGAGUGUUCAUCUUCGCUGAGGUGGCGGACAUAGGCCUAGUCUUGCAGUGGGACCGUGGCACGCGGGCCUACCUGCGCCUCGACCCCUCGUGGAAGGGCAAGGUUCGCGGUCUCUGCGGGAACUACAAUGACGACGAGCAGGACGAUUUCAAAACCCCUUCGGGCGGAUCCAGCGAGGUCUCGGUUCGGAUCUUCGGAGACUCGUGGCGACUCCAGAACUACUGUCCGGAUAGCGUGCUCGUCAAGGACACGUGCAGCCUCCACCCCCACAGGAAGGUCUGGGCCUCCGAGCAGUGCGCCGUCCUCAAGGCUGAGACCUUCGCGCCCUGCCACUCCGAGGUGCCCGUCGAGCCGUACCUCGAAAGGUGCCAGUUCGACGCCUGCGGCUGUGACACGGGCGGCGACUGUCACUGCCUCUGCACCGCUGUGGCCGCCUACGCCCACGAGUGCAACAUCCAUGGCGUGUUUGUUGCGUGGAGGACGCCCGAUUUCUGCCCCAUGCAGUGCGACGUCAACUGCGAGCACUACGAGGCGUGCAUCCCGACCUGCCCGCACGAGACCUGCGACACGCUGCUGGACCCGACGUCGCCCCUCUGCGUGCAGGAUGCGUGCGUCGAGGGAUGCGCCAAGGACGUCUGCCCGCCCGGCUACGUGUACAAGAGCGCCAGCGACGUCGAGUGCGUGCCAAAGGCCGACUGCGAGAAGAAGUGCCUCGAGAUCGACGGCGAAGUCUACAUGGAGGGCGACGUCAUUUCCGAGGACGACUGCCAUACUUGCGUGUGCACGAGGAAGAAGAAGAUCUGCCGCGGCACGCCCUGCGCCCCCACCACCACGCCCGUGCUCCCCCCUCGAGUCACCACGCCCUCGCCGACUCCCGAGGCGACGACGCCCUUCCCGACCGGCGUCACUCCCGAGGAAGGCGAGUGCUGGGACGGCUGGAGCGAGUGGAGGAGCGAGGACAAGCCGAUCGUCUUCCGCAAGAAUUCGGACGCAGAGAUGAUUCCCGCCAAAAUCAAGCAGGGCAAGCCAGGUCAAGGCUUCUGCGAGCGAAGCCAGGUGACGGACAUCCGGUGCAGGAGCAUCGGAACCCACCGCCCCCACACGGAGCAGAAGGGCGUCAGGUGCUCCGUGGACGAGGGCCUCCUGUGCCGCGGCCGAGACGACGCCCAGGGAGACGAUGCCUGCUGGAACUACGAAAUCGCCGUCCUCUGCGACUGCAGCAUCACCACCACAGAGGCCCCUCCUGUCACUACGCCCGCUUCGCCCUUCACGCCGCCCAUCAUUUCCACGCCCGUUGUACCCCCUGUGACUGCCCCGACCCCCAUGACUUGCGAGGAAGAAGGAUGGUCCAUUUGGUACAAUCUUCAUUUCCCGGAUUCCAGCGGGGAGUUCGAGUCCGUGGACGAAAUCAGGAAGAUAAAUAAGAUUUGUCCCGACCACUACAUCGCCGACGUCGAGUGUCGUCCUGUAGGAGGCGGCGACGUGGAGGCGGUGGUGACCUGUGACAACAAGGGCGCGAGAUGCCGAAACAGUGGCGGAAAGCGUUAUUGCAAGGACUACGAGAUUCGAGUGCGGUGCGAGUGCGAAUGCCAAGACGGCUUGGGCAUGCAAGACUGGCGAAUCCCCAACGAGCGCAUAUCCGCCUCCUCCGUUUUGGAUCCCGACGGCAAUCCCCAAUCCGCUCGUCUCUUUGCGGAUUGGGCUUGGACUGCUCAGGACGUGGAUCCGAAUGACCAGGAAGCCAUCCAGAAGGAAUGGCUGCAGGUGGACCUCGGCGAACUGAAGGAGGUGACCGGGCUGGUGACGCAGGGACACCCGCUCUUCAACUUCUACGUGGAGAGAUUCGCCGUCCAGUACUCCGAGACGGGGCUCAAGUGGGACAGCGUCAAGGGCAAGGACACCUCUUAUGCACUGCAAUUCACCGGCAACACCGACCAGGACACGCCGGUGACCAACCUGUUCCCCGAGCCAGUGUUCGCCCGCUACGUGAGGGUGGUCCCUCUGCAGUUCUACCAGGCCAUUUCCCUCCGACUCGAACUCAAGGGCUGCGACGUCAAGGAGACAACAACAGCGCCAGCUUGGCCUCCCGCGGCCGAAACGACGCCCGUCCCCGCGUGCACCGACGGCUGGACCGAGUGGAUGAACACCCACACGCCGAGCCCCGUCAAUUGGGAUGACCUCGAUGACCUGACCUCGCUCUCGCCAAGUACAGCUUCUGCCAGCCCCUGUACAUCACCGACACCCAGUGCCGCGUCGUACUGCUUCGACUACGAGGUCCGCUUCUUCUGCGACUGCGUCUCCGAGGGAGCCUCCACGACGACGGAGGGCUUCCCGCCGCCCUUCCCGCCCGUGACGACCCCCCCGCCGGUGGCCACGCCCCCGCCCAGGAAGGAGUGCAGCAUGUGGGACGAGCAGAUCACGCCCCACGAGGCCGACUGCAGGAAGUUCUACGAGUGCGCCCGGACGAGGACUGGGGGCACGGAGUACGUGGAGAAGGAGUGCGGCCCCGGCACCUUCUUCCAUCCCAAGCUCAAAGUGUGCGAUUUCGAGGGCAACGUCGCCCUGGUGAAACCCGAGUGCAAGCCCACCCCCCCGAAGGUCGUGGAGCCCUCCAGCACCACCCAGGAGCCGACGAAGCCCGAGCCUUGCACCGGCGACUUCUGGACGGACUGGUUCAACGUGUCUCACCCCGACACGGACAACGGGGACAUGGAGACGUUCGAGAAGAUCCGCGAGGAGGGCUUCGACCUCUGCGAGGACAUGUACAUCAUGGACAUCGAGUGCCAGUACAACAAGGUGACCGAGGUGUCCGGCGGGAGUUCGAAGGGCGGCUACAAGGGCGGGAGGAAGGGCGGAAGGAAGGGCGGACGGCGAGGCCCUCCGGAGCGCAUCCUGACCCCCAGCGACUUCACCAACAGCAGGGACGUGAGGGUGACCUGCUCCCGCGAGUUCGGCCUCACCUGCUUCAACACGCACCAGCGCUUCAGGUCCAAGUGCGAGGACUACGCCAUCAGGGUCCUGUGCUCGUGCGAGGCCACACGACCGACGCCGCCGGCCAAGGAGGUCACCACGGCCUACACCGACGUCCGAGAAUCCACAGUCAUCACCACACCGCCGACGGCUGUCUACCACUGUCCUCCCGGUACACGCUACGAGCCCAACGCUAUCCGGUGCGACCGGGUGUGUCUCUACUACCAGUUCGUGUUGAAGCAGACCGGGGAAUGUCAGAGAGAAGGAGACUUCGCCCCGGCCUGCGUCAACAUCACCUCCCCCGUGGCAUGUCCCGGAAACCAGUACCUGAGAGACAAGACGACGUGUGUGGACAUCGAGGACUGCAACUGCCGACUGCCCAAUGGCAUGGCGGCGCCGCCUGGUCGAGCUUUCAGAGUGGACGACUGUGAAGUGUGUCAGUGUAGUAACAAUUACCUCAUGUGCGAUUCAUCACCCUGCCUCCUCACUGCUCUCCCUUCGAUCAAGAUUACUGAUGAGCCAAGCUUCCAGUGCAACGGCUGGAGUUCGUGGCUCAGCGGCUCCGACGCCAGCGACGGGAGCGACGUCGAGCUCCUGUCCGACCUGCGCGCCAUCUACCCCAAGCUGUGCUACUUCGCGCAGAAGAUCGAGUGUCGAGUCAAAGGAACUAAGGAAUCGGCUCUAACAGCUGGUCAGAAUAUAGACUGCAAUCCCUUCAAAGGACUGGUUUGCAAUAAGGAUCAGAAUCCUGGAGGCUGUCUGGAUUACGAAGUGCGGUUCUGGUGCGACUGUUCAGAGUUCACCGAUAUCCACGCCGGGGAACUCACUGAGCCGACGACAGUUCCCACCACGACGUACACAAGCUCUCACUUCACCAACGUCACCACCACGAUGAUCCCCUACAUGGACCAAUGUGUUGACGACAAGGAAUACGUGAAGUGUGCCCUGCCGUGCGACAGGGUGUGCAUGUACUAUAAGCAGAUCCUAAGGCAAAGCGGUUUCUGCGAACUGGACGGCGACUGCGCGCCGGGCUGCCUCGAGGAGGAGCAGACCCUGAUGUGUCCUCCGGGAUUCUACAUGCUCGACACCAACAAGUGCGUGGCUGUGGCAGACUGCAGCUGUCGCUUGGCCAACGGAAUGGCUUUGCCGGCUGGCGUGUGGUACGACGUCUCUCCCUGUGAGCGCUGUAUGUGUCAAAAUAAUAAUCUGCUGUGUGACCGCGACCCGUCCUGCGUCGAGGUCACUACCGUGGAACCCACGGUGUCCACGUCGAAGGUCGUCACCGCCGAAGUCACGCCCAAACCGGAGAUCUCGUUCCAAUGCAACAACUGGUCGCCUUACUUCAAGAAACACAGGACUAGCGAGGGCGUCAUCAUCACGCUGGACAUGGUGAAGGAAAACAUUGAGUUCCCUUGUGAAGUCCCUGUCAACGCCUCGUGUCGGGAAGCGUCGUCCAAGCUCCACGCUGCCAGUUUAGGCCAGGCUCUGACCUGUGACCCCGUUGACGGCCUGAGAUGCAUUAACCUCGAGAACGAUAAGGACUGCUAUGACUACGAGAUCUCCUUCUUCUGCGAGUGUGAGGAAGUCAGCACCGUCAGCCCUCCGGAAACUACUCUCGGCCCCGUGGUGACCCUGGCUCCCUGCGACGCCUGGUCCCCCUGGAUCAACGAGUUCAAGCCAUGGCAAGGGGACUUAGAGGCCGAGUACAAGUCGCUUCAGCAACUGCAGGACAAGUAUGGAUUCUGUUUGGAGGGCCAGCUGGCGGACAUCGAGUGCGUAGAAGCGGCCACGGGGCAGAGUGUGGCAGCAGACAGGGGCACCAGCUGCGACGUACGAUAUGGCUUCAGCUGCAAGAACUCCGACCAGGACCGCGGCCGUUGCCUCGACUACAAGAUCCGAUACUACUGUACUUGCGAGACCACAACCGUAAUAACGACCACCUUUGUGCCGCCGUUCGCCACUCCUCCCACCGUGUGUGACCCGGACAAGUACAUCCACUUGCUGAAGAAUGUGGACGACAGCGCCUUCUCCUCCACCCGCGCCCGCAACUCCUUCUUCGGUCCAGCGAACGCCCGCCUCUACAACGACGACGGUUCCCUGAACACCAAGAGUUGGAGUCCAUACAUCAACGACCAGAACCAGUACGUGCAAAUCGACCUGGGUUCAGUGCAGCCUCUUUACGGGCUGGAGAUGGGCGGAAACCCCACCACGAGGGAAAGGGUCACCGCCUUCCGAGUGCAGGUUUCCGAUGACGGGUCAACUUGGAGUUACGUGACUUCUGACCCCGAUGACCCCAAGAGUUCACCCAAGGCUUUCCGAGGCCCGGUCAGUCCCUCGGCGCCGCAGAAACAGCUGUUCGACAAACCGAUCGAAGCUCGCUACGUAAGGGUCAACCCGACCGUAUGGGUGCGCUCGAUCUCCAUGAGGGUCGAGGUCAUUGGGUGCGAACUCCCGACGCCUGUGACCUUCUACACUACGCCCAGGACGCCGGAGUGCGAGGAGCCCAUGGGCGUCGAGAACGGAGAACUGUCGCUCCUGCAGAUCACGGUCUCCUCGGUUCUCAACGACGACGAGCUGUACUACGGCAAGAAAAACAUUCGUCUCGACUCUAAGCCCGAGUUCUAUACCGCUGCCGGAGCUUGGGUCGCGGAGCCGAAGCCCGAGCAGUUUGUCAGGUUUGACUUCCUGGAGCCGAGCAAGAUCUCGGGUAUCAUUACACAAGGACGCUCGGACGCGGAUGAGUGGGUGGAAUCCUUCACAGUUCGAUACUCGCAGGACGGCAAGAGUUGGAGCACGCUGCAGGAGCCCGAUGGGUCGGAGAAGGUAUUCCCAGGUAACUUCGACCGAAAUACACCAGUCGAGACCAAGUUCGACCAGCUGAUUCAGGCCCGGUACCUGGAAGUCAGACCUGAGACCUGGAAUUCGAACAUCGCCAUGAGAUUGGAUGUCCUUGGUUGCUUCCACCCGUAUCCCGAAAUCACAACGACGCCGCAGCCGGAGGUGACGACGACCCUCCCGCCGCCUCCUGAGUGCACGCCCUGCCCUGGCCUUCCGGAGGAGUUCUACGACCGCUGCGCCUCCUGUUCCUCCGGCAGGUUCUUCGACGGGAAGUCUUGUGUUCCGAAGGCCGUCUGCCCUUGCUACAAGGAUGGUAACAGCUACGACAUCGGCUCCGUCUUCGUGACGUCAGAGUGCGAGGAGUGCGACUGUCUGUUCGGCGGCGUGUCCAAGUGCAAGGAGAAGACUUGCUCUCCGUGCAAUGAGAACGAGCAAGGCGUAUUGACAUCCUCCUGCAACUGCAUAUGCAAGCCGUGUCCCGAAGGCAUGAGACUCUGUCCUUCGAUCAACUAUUGCCUGAAUGAGACCUCUUGGUGCAACGGGGUGGUUGAGUGCCCCGAGGACGAGCUGGACUGCCCUACGACUACGCCAGUCAUUCCAUCCCCGUGCCCGACGCCGUACUGCCCCGACCACUGGGAUCUCACCGUACGCCCGUCAGGAGGUCUGUGCCCCAUUGUCAAGUGCGAGCCACCUGCCAAGACCACGCCCAUGCCAUGCCCGAUACCCUUCUGCCCGCCUCUCUAUGACAUCAGCCUCGUGCCCAGGAAGGGAGACGAGAUGUGCCCCAAGUAUGAGUGCAUUCCGCCUUCGACGACCAUGGCGCCCCCCGAAUGCCCGCCCCUGUUUUGCCCCGACGGCUAUGAAGUCCAGACCUCCGAGGACGUCUUCCCGGAGAUGCCCUUCGGAGAGUGCCCGGAGUACCAGUGCGUGACCCCCGUGCCCCCCACUGCCCCGUGCCCGCCGCCCACGUGCCCUCAGGGGUAUGACAUCUUCUUCGCCAAUCCGAAGGCUCUGUUGGAAUUCUGCCCGCCGUACGACUGCAUGCCGAUCGUCACAACCACGAUGUGUCCGCCGGUCGAGUGCGGAGAGGGCCUGCGCACCAUGUAUAUCCACACGGCAGAGGGAUCCGCGUGUCCGCAGUACACGUGUGUCCAGGUCACUACGCCCGUGGCCAUCACAACGGAGCCUCCUGUUACAUGUCCUCCGAUGGAGUACCCGAUUUGCAAGGUGGACGAAGAGCCGUACCAGGUCAACCCCAGUGAACUGUGUCCGCGCUUCGGCUGCAAGCCCUUCGGAAUGACGCCCACGCCCCCCCGAGGCGCGAGGAACAUCACGCCCACCUGCGGCGUCGAGGGGCGGACGUUCGACUCCUUCGACGACUCGCACUACCAGAUCGAACCCUGCAACCACAUCCUGGCCGAGGAUAAGAUCAACAAGGAUUGGGUGAUCUCAAUGCACCGCAACUGUUCCUUCAGUGAUAGCUGUGAUCGUUACCUCAAUAUAACGCAGAAUGACCAGCAACUCAUCCUCAAGCCUGACCUUCUCAUUGUGUGGGACGAGAACUCUUACACCGUUUCACAGGCCCAGAGAAUAGGCUCCUCGCAGAACACCUUCGCCGUGUCUCGUGUGGGUGAUUCCAUUCGCUUCAGUUCUUCCGUUUACAAAUUCAACGUCGCGUGGAACACUGAAAUGAACGUCAAGAUUGAGCUGGACGCAGAGCUUUUGAACAGAGUGGACGGUCUGUGCGGCUUCUACACAGGCUACGGCCACGACGACAAGACCAAGCCCGACGGCAAGCUGGCAGCGACUAUGAAGGACUACGGCCAGUCGUGGGCCCUGGACGACCAGCCCUGCGAGGAGAAGCCCAAGUGCACCGUCGCGCAGUCCGCCGAGUCCUUCAGUCUUUGCGAGGCCAUUCGAAACGACCCCUUCACCAAGUGCCAUUCGUCAGUGGAUCCUUCCGUCUUCAUGAAGGGCUGCGUGGCCAGCACCUGCGACUGCCUGAGGGAGGGCAAGGACGAGGAAGAGUGCCGGUGCCAAGCCCUUACCCACUACGUGACUCGCUGCCUCGAGAUGGACUCCACUAUCAAGCUGGACGACUGGCGAAUCGUCUCCAAGUGCUACAAGGAGUGCGGACCGGGCGAGAGGUACCAGGAUUGCUUCCGCGCAACCUGCGAGAAGUCCUGCGAGAACCUGCACGACGACACUGCUUGCAUGGAGCGCGAGGGGGCGUGCGUGCCCGGGUGCUUCUGUUCGCCUGGCCUCGUCCGCAAGGGAGACCGCUGCGUGAACCCCGAGAAAUGUGGAGACUGCGUAUGCGAGGGCUACGGUGACCCGCACUACCAGACCUUCGAUCGCCAGAACUACACCUUCAACGGCGAGUGUUCGUACGUGGCCGCGCGAGACAAGAACGUCCGCGGCCAGCAUGCCUUCCAGGUGAUCACCCGAAACAAGCAGUGCACAGUGCAGCCAGUGACCGUGUGCACCGACGCCGUCACAGUGCUCUACAAGGACCACACAGUUUUCAUAGAAGCCCUGGGAGAAUCCGCCGUGAGUGUGACAGUGGAUGGCGAAAGCAUCCCUGCAUUCCCCUACCGAGACUCCUGGCUUGCUCUGGAACAGCCCGACCCCAUGCAGGUCAUGGCAGCUAUCUCGGAGAUUCAGCUGGAGGUCAACUUCUUCUUGGAAAACUAUGGCUUCUCGGUCAAGGUGCCGUCAAGACUCUACUUCAAUAAGACUGAGGGACUUUGCGGUAACUGCAACUUCAAGACCGAUGACGACUUCGUAGCGCAAGGGACGGGUCUGAUCGAGUCCUCAGACGUUUUCGGAAGGAGUUGGUUGCUCGAGGGCGAACCGUCGACCUGCGGCGUCCUGGAGAAGGACACGACCAGCUGUAUCCCGCUGCCUCCCGACGAGGACCCGUGCCUUCGCAUCAUGGACGAAAAUCUCUUCGGAAAGUGCCAUCCUGUUGAAGAUCCAGUACCUUAUGUCUCGUCCUGUAUAAUGGAUGCCUGCGGAAGCCGAGAGCCUGAGGUGGCAGCGUGUCACAGCCUGGAGGCCUAUGCUAGGCGCUGCGCCGAGCUCGACAUCUGCCUCAACUGGCGCUCGGAUGACCUGUGCCCGAAGACGUGCCCGGACACCCUCGAGUUCAGACCAUGUGGACCUGGCUGCGUUCGAACGUGUGAGAAUUACGAAGAACUGAAGGCAAAUCCAGACGCGUGUCCGAUUUCUUCCGUGGAUGGUUGCUUCUGUCCGGAUGGCAUGGUAUUAGAUAACGGUACCUGCAUUAACGAGACCUUCUGCACCACCUGUGACAACGAAGGGCAUCGCAUCGGAGACUCGUGGAAGACGGGUCCUUGCACCACCUGCGAGUGUACGAUGCGGGGUAACGUGUGCAGUACCAAGACUUGUCCUGACGACCCCAUCUGCGACGAGGGAUAUGAAGUCGUUGAGGUACCCGGCACCGGAGACGACUGCUGCGGCCCCAGGAAGAAGUGCAAGGUCGUCCCGACGGAGGACUGCCCGCCCGUCGUGAUGCCCAAGGAGCAGUGCGGGUACGGCCAGAAGCACAAGCUGAUCGAGGCCCCAGGCGUAUGUCCUCAGUACGCCUGCGUGUGCGUGGAUCCCAAAGACUGCCCUGAUAUCGAGCUGCCCGACGACAACGACCUCAAGCCAGGUGAGGAAUGGAUUUUGGACGAUAGUGGGUGUUGUCCGAGAUACAAGGCCGAGUGCACGGACUUCUGCCCGGAGAUAGAAUGCCCUGAGUUCUACGAACCUGUCAAAAAGUCCCUUCAGUCGGGCCAGUGCUGUCCCGAUGUGGAGUGUGAGCCACCGACCGACGCCUGCAUCUACGAGAACAUUUACAUCGUGGACGCCACUGGUUUCCAGAAGAGCGUGGCACAGCCGAGCGCCACGAAGAAGGGAGGCGCACCUCAGCUCCCUGAGCCAGAGAAGAAACUGUACAAGGUGGGAGAGAGCUGGGAAGAUGGCCUGUGUCUCAAGUGCCAGUGUACGCUGGACAGCACCAACAAGCCCCGCCACACUUGCACAGAGCAGACUUGUCCCACGCUAGACACGCACCCCGACCGCGGACAAUUCCAACUGGACAGCCUGCAAGUACCCGGCCAGUGUUGUCCUGACAUCGUGCGGACAGCGUGUAUCGACGACUAUGAGGUUAUCGAUAUCGGCGACCGGCUGGACGAUCCAUUCAACGGCUGUCGCAGCGUGGAGUGCGUGAGGAACACCGAAGGCAAAGUGGAUAAAGUGGAGCAGAUCCACACCUGCGACGAGAAUUGUCCACUCGGCUGGGAAUACGAGCCGUCGCCUCUGUACCCGCAAGUGUGCUGCGGCGAGUGCGUGCAGGUGGCGUGUGUCGUGGACGGCGAGGUGAAAGACGUCGGUGAGACUUGGGUGUCCGACGACCUCUGCACCACCUUCACCUGCUCCAAGGACAGUGGCAGGCAGAUCCAGAUCCAGGCGGUGGAGGCGCAGUGCUCGGAGCCGAGCGAAGGACCGCGCGUGUUCGAGGAGACCCGCGUCCCCGACCAGUGCUGCGCCGUCUUCACGCGCACCGCCUGCCUCAUGGACGGCGCGCCCGUGCAGCCCGGCGAGAGUGUCCAGGACCCGCUGGACAACUGCCUGACCGUGACCUGUGACCUGGCCAAGGACGGCAACGUGACCCGGCGGGAGAAGGAGACCACAUGCGACACGGAAUGCGCCCUCGGACAGACCUUCAUCGAGCCGAUUGAGGGAAGCAACGACUGCUGCGGCAAGUGUCUGGUCACGCACUGUGUGGACGACGGCAUCGCCCACCCAAUCGGCGAGCGGUGGGAGAGCGAGAGCGACGUCUGCUACGAGUACAGCUGCGAGACACGGGAUGACGUCCUCACCACCGUGGCUAUCAAGAAGGACUGCCCUUACUUCGACCCCGAGUGCCCUCCCAACGAGAUCUAUAUGGACGAGAAAGGAUGCUGUCAGCUGUGCAACGUGACGCGGCCGGUCAAGAGCGAUUGCAAGCCGAACCCAAUGCCCUUGCCCGACACGGUGGGCAUCUUCACGCUGGCGGCCCGGAGUGUGGGCACGUGCAAGAACCCCGACCCCGUACCCGGCUUCAACAUAUGUUCUGGUCACUGUGAUUCGUUCACGACAUUUGUUGCAGGCCGCAGGGCCACGCACGUCCCGACCUGCUACUGCUGCAAGCCGGCCCGCUUCGAGAAGAUCCGAGUGGACAUGCGCUGUGACACCGGCUACGCCUUCGCCCGCGUCUACGACAACAUCGUGGAGUGCGAGUGUCUCCGCUGCGACGACAACACUCCGGACUAUAUGGGCGACGAGCCCAUCCUGGACGACGCGGAAUUCUUUGCCAUAACGGCGGAACCCAUCGACGUCUAGUCCUCCCUCUUUCUCUGUGACAUCUCUCGCCUUCUACCUUCACUUUUUGAAGUGGCCCUUUUCAUCCUUCCCUUCACCUUCUGCUCUUUCCUUUCUCCCAACUUCGAUCUUUAUCCUUCUCAUUCAACUUUCUUUUCUUCCUUCUCCCAUCUUUAUCCUUCUUCUUUAUCCCGUCUUUCUCCCGUUUCCUUUCUCCUUGUUCCUUCUCCCAU